AUGGCUGAUACCAGUGAGGUCACUAACAACCAGCUGUUGGAACUCAUGCAAGCCAUGAGAGAAGACAUGUCAAAGAACAAACAGCAAACGGAUGCGCGGUUAGAAUCAAUGUCAGUCGAUAACGCAGCACUCCGCGAAGAGGUUUCGCAGCUGAGAAGCCAAAGCACUUCCCAAGGCCAUGAUCCUACUUCAGGUCCUGCGACAGAAGAAAUUCAGCAAAAUGUUAACAGGGAUGCCCUUGUAGAUUUGACCGGUUCUCCAAGAAGUAGGCUCCCACAGCCACCAUGUUUUCCUGCUGCACCUUUCGCGGGACCCACUAUCGCUUCAGUCGCCCAAGCGACGAUGGCCAAGCAGAUCAUCGAACUGCGGGGAGAUAUAGAUAAAUUGACUAAAGCACCUCCUGCUUUGGCCAAAAUUAAUGCCAAUUGCUAUACAGGGUCACCAUUUGUGGACAAUAUAUACCAAAUGGAUCUGCCUCACAAGUUCAGCGUCCCAAGCAUGAAGUUAUAUAAUGGGACUGAUGACCCCGAGGAUCACGUGGCUCACUACAAAUUAAAGAUGGGUGCUAUCGCCAUACCGUACGGCAUGCAUGAGACGUGCAUGUGCAAAGGUUUCGGGUCGACUCUUACCGGUCCGGCUCUGCGUUGGUACAUUAAUUUACCCAACGGUAGUAUUGCUUCUUUCGAGAAGCUAAUCGAGGCGUUCAUGGUGCAAUUCUCGAGUAGUCGGAAGAUUCAUAAGUGCUCUGAUGAUUUAUACCGACUGCCCCAACGAGUGGGAGAAUCCCUUCGUGACUUCCUGUCAAGAUUCAAUACAGAGAAAGUAUCCAUACCCCAUUGUGACCCAGGAACAACUAUUCAAGCGCUCCGGAGUUGUUUACUCCCAGAUGGGGAGUUUUAUGAAGAGCUCACUAAAUGUGAUGAUGCGAGGAGAAAGCCAGUUAAUCCUCCUAAGGAAGAGAAACGAGAGGACAAACGUCCUAGGAAGGAUCAAUCCACCUUUGGCGAGCCUAGCAGUAACUGGCGCUCCCGCAAGUCUGGAGCUUCAGAUUAUGCAAAGAACUGUCCAGAGUACCCUCUUAAGAUACACCAAGUCGAGGCUGUACAAGUCUUGAAGAAGAUGGGCAGCGAGGUGAAGUGGCCGCCUAAGAAAGAGACUGAAGGAUGGAAAGACCCCAAGAAGUGGUGUGACUUUCAUCAGGACAUUGGCCACACUACUCCUGAUUGCAGAUGCCUUAGAUACGAAGUGGAUUACCUGUUGAAAAGAGGUCACCUCAGAGAGUUGCUCUCUGAGGGCGGUAGAGCAAUCUGGGAAAAGAGGAAAGUCGAUGACCCAAAAGCAUUGCCACCGCCGCCACCAGUUACUCAAACUUACUGUGUGAUUUCUGGGGGAUCAGAGAUCAGUGGAUUGUCCCACACUUCUGCCAAGAAGCACGAGAAGGAAGCAGCAAACCCCGCUGCUAGAAUGGCACGAUCCCUUGGAACUUUCACUAACCAGGUGAUGGUCUUCACGGACGAUGAAGCUACCCAACUGUUACAUCCGCACCAUGAUGCUUUGGUGCUCACGCUUCAGGUUGCAAACAUUAACCUGAAGCGAAUUUUAAUUGACAAUGGGAGUUCCGCCAACGUGUUGUUCUUGGCUGCCUACAAAGGAAUGGGUCUAGAUGAGACCUUGAUAUUACGGAAGUCAACGGCUCUUAUCGGGUUCAAUGGUGAGGUGAGCCACUCGAUGGGAGAAGUUGUGUUACCCAUCUAUGCUCCAGGGUUGAACAAACAGACUCGGUUUUCCAUCGUAGAUUCACCUUCUGCUUAUAAUGCUAUUUUAGGACGACCUUGGUUGCAUUCGAUACGGGCCGUACCUUCCACGUAUCAUCAAAUCCUGCGUUAUCCCACCAAUAAUGGCGUUAAGGAGAUCUUGGGAGAUCAACACUCUUCUAGGAGUUGUUAUAAAACUACCAUGAGGAGCAAGGGAGAAUCUUCAUAG